AUGGCGACAUUUACAGAGACACUCGUCAAAAAGGACGAUUCAUUCACGACGAAGGGGGCCCGGUUUCAUGAUCUACCGACUCCCAAGGAGUAUGACAUCCCUCUCCCUCCUCCAUCAGUCAACCCGACCGAGAUUCUAGAAGUGGAUAAAGGCACGCCCGAUAGCCAUGUUCCCCGUGAUCCACGACUUAUCCGAUUAACUGGUAUUCAUCCAUUCAACGUUGAGCCACCACUUAGCGCGUUAUACAAAGAAGGCUUCCUCACAUCACCGGAACUAUUCUACGUUCGAAAUCAUGGCCCUGUACCGCAAGUCCGAGAUGAAGAUAUACCCAACUGGGAACUGAGCAUAGAAGGCCUAGUGGAAACCCCAAUAACGCUAAGCUUUCGAGAUAUCCUUCAAAAAUACGAUCAAAUCACCACACCAAUCACACUCGUCUGUGCCGGAAACAGACGAAAAGAACAAAAUACAGUCCGAAAGUCCAAAGGGUUCUCAUGGGGCCCGGCUGGACUUUCAACGGCACUAUGGACCGGCCCCAUGAUGGCCGAUAUCCUACGCAGUGCAAAGCCGCUCCGAAAAGCCAAGUACGUGUGCAUGGAAGGAGCCGAUAAGCUACCAAAUGGGUAUUAUGGCACAUCCGUCAAAUUAAACUUGGCUAUGGACUUCAACAGAGGGAUCAUGUUGGCUCAUAAGAUGAAUGGCGAGGACUUGCGCCCAGAUCAUGGUAGACCUUUAAGAGCAGUGGUGCCUGGACAGAUUGGUGGGCGGAGUGUCAAGUGGCUUAAGAAGCUCAUUGUGACUGAGGCGCCCAGUGAAAAUUGGUAUCACAUCUACGAUAACCGGGUGUUACCGACAAUGGUUUCGCCGGAGAUGGCGGCCCAGGACACCAAAUGGUGGACUGAUGAGCGGUAUGCCAUUUAUGAUCUCAAUGUCAACUCCGUGGCGGCCUUCCCCGAGCAUGAGGAAGUACUGGACUUGACAACUGCCGGGUCGACAUAUACGGCGAAAGGGUACGCCUACGCGGGAGGUGGUCGAAGAAUAACAAGAGUUGACAUCUCUCUUGACAAAGGCAAAUCAUGGCGACUUGCCAACAUUGAGUACGCCGAAGACAAGUACAGAGAUUUCGAGGGCGAUCUUUUUGGUGGAAAGGUGGACAUGUGGAAACGGGAAAGUUGUUUCUGCUGGUCAUUUUGGUCUCUUGAAAUACCGGUCUCCGACCUGGAGAGCAGCGAUGCGCUGCUUGUCAGGGCCAUGGACGAUGGAAUGAUGGUGCAACCCCGAGACAUGUACUGGUCCGUCCUGGGUAUGAUGAACAACCCCUGGUUCCGAGUCACAAUCACAAAAGAAGGCAAACGCCUCAAGUUUGAGCACCCAACUCAUCCUGCAAGGGCUGGAGGUUGGAUGGAAAAGGCCAAGAAAGCAGGUGGUGAUUUGACAAAUGGAAAUUGGGGCGAGAAAAUCGAGGGAGAAGUUCCCGUUGAGCCGGAGCCCGUGAAAGAAAUCAAUAUGAAGAAAGAGGGAUUGAGUCGUGUUAUUGAUUUACAAGAGCUCAAGGCAAAUAGCAGUGCUGAAAAGCCUUGGUUCGUUGUGAGUGGGGAGGUAUAUGAUGGGACAGGGUUUCUCGAGGGCCAUCCGGGUGGAGCAAUCAGUAUCACUUCUUCGGCCGGGUUGGAUGUUUCAGAGGACUUCCUUGCUAUCCACAGCGAAACGGCCAAGUUAAUGAUGCCCGAAUAUCAUAUUGGAACGCUGGAUAAAGCCUCCCUCGAAUCUCUCAACAGCGACUCGACGGCAGUUUCAGCUGAACCACGCUCAAUCUUCCUCCAGUCACGCUCAUGGGCAAAAAUGAAGCUUUCUGAGGUAAAGAACGUAUCAUGGGACACCAAAAUUUUCGUCUUUGACCUAGAGCACGACGGACAAUCCCUAGGCCUACCAAUAGGCCAACACUUGAUGAUCAAAGUCCCAGACCCAACCAACAAGGAAGCAAUCAUUCGAUCCUACACCCCCAUCUCCGACACAAACGUGAAAGGAAAGAUGGAAUUGUUAGUCAAAAUCUAUUUCCCGACUGGAAAUAUCCCCGGCGGCAAGAUGACCAUGGCACUCGAUGCGUUGGUCGUAGGAGCCGAGAUAGACUGCAAAGGACCCACAGGUCGGUUCGAGUAUCUUGGAAACGGCCGGGUCACGAUCAGCGGUAAAGAGCGCAAGGUCCGCUCAUUCAAGAUGAUCUGCGGUGGGACUGGUCUCACUCCCAUUUUCCAGGUUCUGCGUGCCGUCAUGCUGGAUCAUCAGGAUCCUACUACGUGUGUUGUCCUCGAUGGCAACAGAUUAGAAGAAGAUAUCCUUUGUCGAGCUGAGCUUGAUGCGUAUGUGGCUGUUGACAGCCGCAAAUGCACCGUCGUGCAUACUUUGUCGAAGGCGUCAGACAAAUGGGUCGGUCGCCGGGGGCGUAUCUCUGAAGAGUUGAUCAAAGAGUACGCGGCGCCUGGAGAGGAUAGUAUGGCCAUCAUUUGUGGGCCAGAGGCGAUGGAGAAGUCUGCUCGCAAGAUUCUCCUAGAUCAAGGCUGGGCAGAGUCAGAUCUCCAUUUCUUCUGA